GUGCCUGGGCCAUGUGACCCCCGUUGCGAGCCUGUUAAAUCUGGCGCUGCAGGGCCUGGUUUCAUAGUGCAAUUCUCCCAUUCUCGCUGCGCGCCAUGUGUGCUGCUCAAGUCACCCGGGCCGCAUCUGCAGCCCAACGCUCAGUGUACUCCUUCUCUGCGCGCCCGCUGGCCGGCGGGGAGCCUGUGUGCUUGGGUUCCCUGCAGGGCAAGGUGUUGCUGAUUGAGAAUGUGGCCUCGCUCUGAGGAACAACGGUCCGGGACUAUACCCAAAUGAACGAGCUGCAGCGGCGCUUGGGACCCCAGGGCCUGGUCGUACUCGGUUUCCCGUGCAACCAAUUCGGGCAUCAGGAAAAUACCAAGAAUGAAGAGAUCCUGAAUUCUCUUAAGUACGUCAGACCCGGCGGCGGAUUCGAGCCCAACUUUAUGCUUUUCGAAAAGUGCGAGGUGAAUGGUGCGAAGGCGCACCCCCUCUUUGCUUUUCUGAGGGAGGCUCUCCCUGCGCCCAGUGACGACCCCACGUCGCUCAUGACCGACCCCAAGUUCAUUACCUGGUCUCCGGUGUGCCGCAACGACGUAUCCUGGAACUUUGAGAAGUUCCUGGUGGGCCGGGAUGGUGUGCCUGUGCGCAGGUACAGCCGUCGCUUUCCCACCAUCGACAUUGAGUCUGACAUCCAAGCCCUGUUGUCCCAGGGGCCCGGCUCUGCUUAGGGUGUCCUUCCAGCCCUGCUGUUUUUGGCGGUCACAGUGCUGUCCUAUGGGGAUUUCAUCCAUGACGGUGUUUCCUCUAAACCUGUAUGGAGGGACACCUGAUAACCGGGAAAAUUCCCCAAGGUGGGUGCUAACACUGUCCAGAAACAAGGCUCCUCACUAAUAAAAGUGCUAAGUGUCAACA